AUGAGUAUAGAUAAUCUACAAUACAUUAGUGAAGAAAGAAUAUUUAUGAAUGAACUAGUGUUAAUUAGUAUUGAAAUACCAGAUAAUCUAGUAAUCAAUGGAAAGAAUAUUGAAAAGAAAGAUAUUAAUGAAUUUAUUGUUCCAUCUUCAAUUACUAAAUUAGGUGAUUGGUGUUUUGAUGGAUGUUCAUCAUUAACAUCAAUCACAAUUCCAACAAGAAUUAUUAAAAUAGGAGGUGGUUGUUGUUUUUAUGUAUGUCCAUCAUUAACAUCAAUUAAUAUACCAUCAUCAAUUAGUAAAAUAGGAGAUUGUUGUUUUUCAAAGUAUAAAUCAUUAACAUCAAUUACUAUGCCAGCACCAAUUAGUAAAAUAGGCACUAGUUGUUUUGAAGGGUGUUCAUCAAUAACAUCAAUUACUAUUACAUCAUCAAUUACAUCAUUUGGAUAUAGAUGUUUUUAUGGAUGUGGAUGUGAAGAAGAGUUAAAGAAAAAUAAAACAAUACCAAGAAACUGUUUUGAUGCAUGGCAACAAAUGAAAUAA